AUGAGUCACGUACACGGUCCCGAUUGCAAUCAUGGUCCUCGCGCAGCUGGUGGACCUCAACAAAGAACAAUCAGAGUAGCUGAUGCCAACAAAGGACCUGAAGUUUGUAAAAAGACAUCCAACUACCUCAGAGACGCUAAAAAGUCCGGGAUGAAGCCUAGACAAGGUGUAUUCAAUGGCAAGCGUUUUGAAUAUUUCAAGGUAUCAAAGAAUGAUAAAAUACCAAAGACUCGUGAAGAAGCAUCUUUCGUCUUAAACGAGUUGGGUAAGCAUGGGUUCAUAUUACGUGUCAAUCGAGGUGAUGCUAUCAGUGGAAAAGGAUCUCCCCGUGUCUUACAAGUGAAUCCUGAGCAAAAGGUACAAGAAGAUGGUUAUUAUAUGUGGAUCUGGGAAGGAUCGAAAUUAAAGGUGUACUUGGGUGCUAUCGGUUUGGUGGCCGUCAUUCUAGCUGCUGUCUUGUUCCCUCUCUGGCCCAACUUCUUAAGGUUGGGUGUUUGGUACCUUAGUAUAGCUGUUCUUUGCUUGGUCGGUCUCUUUUUUGGUAUUGCUAUUGUUCGUCUUAUCCUUUAUUGCAUAACAUGGCCAUUCUUGCCUCGUGGAUUUUGGUUGUUCCCCAAUUUGUUUGAAGAUGUUGGUAUUAUUGAAAGUUUCAUUCCGUUAUAUGGUUUCGAUCCUGUCAAAGAGAAGGCUCCAGCAAAAAAGAAAGCGAAAGCGGCAACGGGAACUUUUUGCUUUAACGGGGUGGGAGUGGCGAAUAAUGUCUGCUGUGCUCACGAGCAGCCAGAUGAAACAGUUGCUGAAUGCUGA